CAAACCUGUUAAAAAUUUUGAUCGAGAUCGACAUUACAAAAAUAUUUAUCUUGGAGGAAAAAAAAUAUGUUGGGCCUGUGAGUGAACAUGGAACAAGAUAGUGUCUCUGAUGCUACAGAUGAUGAUGAAAAUCAGAAACAAUCUGAUGAUGAAAAUCAGAAACAGUCCCAAGGUGAUGACACCAGAAAAAGUGGGAGAAGAAAGCGACCACCUGCUUCUUAUUCACCAGAUCGGAUGGACAACAAGCGGAAACGAUUUGUGAAAAGAAAUGGAAAUACUGUUACUGGACCAAACAGAAAUUGUGAUUUACUGCCAAAUGGGGAGCCAUUUAGUUGUGGUCGAUGUGGAUCUCCUUAUGUUGUCAAUAAAAGAAUCAAAACCUCCCUUAAGAACUCCCAGUCCAGACACCGUCCAAUGCCUUACGAGACCUCUGACCCAGUGACAGGAAAGAAAGUCUGGAUCUGCAACCAGUGUUAUCUGGUGUUUGUUAAAAAGAAAUCAGAGAAGAAUUCUUGGGUCAAGAAACCAGAUCCAGAAAUAAAAGACCAGUACAUUAAGUUUUGUAAAGUUGAAACCCAUGCAUUGGCUAACAGACUGCAGGAACCAGCAGCACACAGACUGUUUUGUCCAGAGUACACAAAGGAACCCUGUGGUUGUAUCCAGAAAUAUAUAAAGAGUCAAGGAGACCCGGGGCAGGCAGAUGUUAGAGCUAGAGAGUUGUGUGAUUUAUUGCAGAAGGCUUCUGAACUCAGCAAGCUUAAAUGUUAUCAACUACCAGAACUAGGCAGUGAUGAAAAACCCGUCAGAAAAAAUGCUAGAAAAAAAAUCUAUGUUGGUCUCGGAAAUGGUCACAAGAGAUCCCGUGCCUUUGAAGCGUUUGUAAUGGAGAAGCGCCAGUACCUGAGGAAUAUUGUGAAAUUGUGUGAAAGAGGAACUCAAAAAGUUCUCAUGUACUCAAACAAUUUCUUGCACAAGAGGCUCAAAACAGAGGAGGAUAACUGUCGUGUGGUUAUACAAAGAAGCAGACGGACCAUGGGAUUACUGACUGCAUUUGAAGAGUUUUCAAAAAAUAAAUGUUGUGUUGACAAUUGUGUCAAAAUGGCAGAUACUCAUCGAAAAUUGCUAAUAGAUUGGAGAGGAAGAGCAAAAAAAAGUCAGUCAGAAGCCAGGAGGGUAAUUGCUGAAAUGUUGAUCCCUUCAGCUGGAUGUAGGAGAAACUGCUACACUUUCAUCAACAUGGUGACAGGCUCAUCCAGGGGGAUCAUCUCAAAGGUCAGCCAGCAGAUGCUGUGGACAGGAGGGGAUCGUGAACCCCCAGAGCAUGGUCUAGUUAAAUUCAAGAGAGGGCAAAGCAGCAAAGGGCCAACACAGAGCUAUUCUCAUCCAACACAGAAACCUAAAGCAAAUGCCCCAUUAGCUAUUAAACCAAGACCUGAGGGAACCAACAUUUUCAUACAGCCAAAUGGGGAAUUGGUACAAGUAACAGGUCAUCCACCGAUUCAAACCACUAGCAUGCCAGAGUCCAAACAGCUAGCUGCACCCAUUGAUCCACAGCAACAACAGCUAUUACAGCUGCAGCAGAUAUUUGAGCACCAGCAACAACAACUAAUCCAGCAACAGCUCCUUCAACAUACACUUCUCAAUGAAAAAAUUGAAAGUUCCACUUGUACUCCACAGAAUGUGAUCACAAUUCAACAAUUAAUGGACCAAAUGAGUGCCCAGGUUAUGAACACACAAUUACAGCUUCAGCAGUCACUACAGCAACUUAUUGCCAUGGGAACUCACACUAACCAAUCAGAUGGUCCAAUGUCCACUGCCAAUCAAAAUCAAGUGAUACUUUCAGCCAAUCAACAACAGAGAAGUGUGCCUGUUAACUGUGAAGGGGAAAACACACAAAUUAUCCCACUUUAUUCAAUGACAUUUCAGCCAAAAGAUGCUGCAGAUCAAGAUAAUAUACAUAAAUUGACUGCAAAUAACUUGAUUUGUCAACAGCCAACAGAACAAUAUCCUGCUAUCAGCCAGACUCAACAACCAGUUUACGUCCAAUUGAACACGAUGGGUGGUCAAAAUCACAUCCCUCUGAACCAGACAUUAACUCCUAGUCAAUCAGGGGCUUUGGUCUAUUCUAGGGAACAUUCCAGCUUUAUUCCAUACAACCAGACCAGUGUGAAUUCUGGUAAUAAUGCAUUGACUAUUGUGACAAAUGGAAACCCUACUAUCAAUCAACCGGAAAACAGACAAACUAUUAGUCAACCAGCAAAUGGACAAGCCAUUAUUAGUCACCCAACACAUAGACAAACCAUUAGUCAACCAACAAAUAGACAAACUAUUAGUCAACCAGCAAAUGGACAAGCCAUUAUUAGUCAACCAGCAAAUAGACAAACUGUUAGUCAACCAGCAAAUGGACAAGCCAUUAUUAGUCAACCAACACAUAGACAAACCGUUAAUCAACCAACAAAUAGACAAACCAUUAUUUGUCAACCAACACAUAGACAAACUGUUAGUCAAACAACAAAUAGACAAACCAUUAUUUGUCAACCAACACAUAGACAAACCAUUAGUCAACCAGCAAAUAGACAAACCAUUAGUCAACCAACAAAUAGACAAACCAUUAGUCAACCAACAAAUAGACAAAGUCAAAUGGCAGCCAUCAAUCAAAGCUCUGUUCCCCUAGUUAACAGAAAUCAGCACAGUUUGAACUCUGCUUUUGUGACAGUGUCCAAACCUUUGGAAAACUUAGCAUUAAGCAGUCAUAAUAUGGUGACACCUGCUAGUAAAAGUCAGCCAUCACAAAUAACUAUUGUAUAUCCUGGAUGUAAUAACUUUGUUAAACAGUGUGUUCCUGUAUCCAAGGCUUCUAAUCCAGUGGUAACUGAAACCGUAACUAGUGUACCAAAAAAUGUUCGAGCACCAGGUCAUUUAAAGUGUCAGACUUUCUCUGUUGCCUCUUCUGCAAGGCAGCUGACAGGACAGAAUGUGGGGAAGGAUGUAUCUGGCAUGUCAUCAGCUUCUUCAACUCUGAAUUCAACCAAGGGAUCUAAAUCAAAUGAAAUACCACUACAAGUUGUUUCAUCUGUAAACCAGCAAAGUUUAAACUGUGUGUCCCAAAGCUCAGACAAAGUGAUUCAAGUGCAUACUAUCUCAGAUCCUAACAUGUUAUUUAAACUUUUGGAGCAGACACCUAGUGUUGAAACACAGAAUCCUACAAGCUCAUUAAGUGCAAAAUCAGCUUUAACUUCAACAACAUUUAUGGGUGAUUCUGUGAAUACAAGAAUAAAUUCUGUUAUAAACACAGAUCAGGGAAAUGUGGUAGUUCCAGAAAAUCCUUCUCCGGUGAUUCAGGUUUCAAAUGUUCAGACUAACACUACAAAUGGGCUGAAUCAAUCUUCAAACCCACCUUCUUAUACUUACAUAUUUAACCCCACUGUUCCACCGGUGCAACCUCUGACUGUUGAUGUUAGCCAUCAGAUAGAGCUACCCCCUGCAGCUGCACCAAGCUUUGAUUCAAAUACUCAACCAAUACCUGCAGGGACAGUGGAUUGUGUCAAUUCCUCCUGUCUGGGAUUGGCAACAACUAGUCCACAAAAUUCCCAACUGGUUGCCAUUGAUCCAAAUCUGUUGAUAAGACUUUGCCAACAAGCCUUUUCUUACCAAGCUCUUGAUUCAAACAAAGGCAAAGCUAAGAAAUCUCUGUGAACUUUAAUGAAUAUAUUUUUAUGAGUUACCUAUGUGCAAUUUUUCUUGAUAAACUACACAAAUGAUAUUAAAAUUGUUAACUUGAA